AUGCUCUCACAAAAAUCCUCGCAUUAUCAGGUUUCCCCCGAAACCAAUCUUCACAUAGUCCAAACCGGAAACCCAACAGGACCUCUGGUAGUUCUUCUUCAUGGCCUGGGUGGUUCAACGGAAACAUUUGUCCCAGUUCUUCCAUACCUCAACCCUGAGACAAACCGAAUUGUAUCCGUUGAUCUCGAGGGGUUUGGAAAAACAGGUCUGUCAUCACCAGACAUCAAACUGUCCAUACCGCGCUAUGUCGACGAGCUGGAAUCUCUCGUGGCACUUUUACAAAAACCUGCGGAUGGUGACGACGCAGCAGCAGCGGCAGAACCGGCAGAAAACUUCACCAAACAGAGAGUGGUCAUCAUCGGACACAGUCUGGGAUCAAUUAUCGCCAUGCAUUACGCCGCCAAACACCCAGAGCAAACUAGCGGCCUCGCCCUACUCGGACCUGGGCGAUCAAUCGCCCAUAUACCAGUCGCUAGAGAACGGAUGUUGAGUUUAGCAACUAAAGCGCGAGUAGAAGGUAUAUCCGCCGUCGCAGACGUGGCUGCCAUCUCUAAUUUUCCUGCUCAAUCUGUACCUCCGGUUCCGGGAGGGCUGCGCGAGAGUGUUCGACAAGCAGUAGCUACAUGUAAUGCCGAAGCAUACGCAAAAACAUGUGAAGCUGUUGCCGGCCUGGAUCAUUUAGACCCUGACUAUGGCCUAAUUAAUGUGCCCACUUUGUUGUUGGCAGGGAGUGGUGAUGUGAUAUCACCACCGGAUAGGUCGGUGGCAUUGAGAGAGUUGAUAGGAGAUAAUUCUUGGGUGACAGUGCUUCAGGAUGUGGGGCAUCAGAUGAUUUUGCAAGAUCUGUACGGCUCUAUAAAGGCGAUUAGAAAUUUACUUCAGAAGGUUACUGCCUAG